AUGAAUAAGGGCAUAGCAAAUUUGAUAUGCAAAGUAUACGGCGAUACCAGACCAAAACUUGCAUUACAAGAAAUAAACGUGGGAAACACCAUACCUAUAAACAGCAAUAAUAAAACUUUAUAUCAUUUAAUAACAAAAGUGUUACACUAUCAUAAGCCCAAAUAUGAAGACCUAAAAUCUUCAAUUCACAACCUAAAACUUGAAGCCAUAAAACUAAAUAUUUCAAAAAUUGCAAUGCCUACGUUAGCGUCGGGGCUAGACAAACUAAAUUGGUCCGUUGUAAAACAAUUAUUAUAUUCAGAAUUUCAAAACACUAACAUCGAAAUACAUAUAUACCAUAAAAAUGACAAAAACAUAUCACAAAAUUGGAAAUCAAAAGAACACCCUGAUACAAUAAGUAAUAUUCAUAAUUUUCUCGACAAUAGUAAUGAUAAAAACGAAACAAAAAUAAAAGUCACACAACCCGAACACAACGAUCAAGCCUAUAACAUAUUCACUACUUUCAAACCAGGAGAAAACGUACUCAGUGAUGGGAAUUGUGGGAUAUACGCCGUCUGCAAUGCUUUAAAUGACCAUAAAAUUAAUAAAAUAACUUCAAUAUUAGAGAUACUACAAUUAUUAGAUCUAAACGAAUUACCAGAUUAUUGGUGGUCAGAUGAGGAUUUAGCCGCGAUUGCACAUUAUUGCGAUCAUGAUACUUACAAUUUACAUAUACAAUGA